UCUUUAACUCUCUUUGGUCUCUAUUCCAAUCCAAUUCUUUCUCUAUAUGAGAGUGAAGAUAUAUCUUCAUAUCAUUCACAUAGUAACGUUCUCAUCAACGUUUCAUUCAACCUCUGACAACAUUUUGUUGCUUUCUUAUUUCCUUUGGUUGCUUUCACACCUUCGAAAGAAAAAUAAAAUGAAGGGACGUAUGUUUUGCGCUUCGCAAGCAUCAACAGCCAUAUGUUCAAGCAUGGACCACAUUCCAAAACCAACCACCACCACCGUCGUCGUCGACGAUGAAAAACUCAGCGACAGAGCUAUCGACCGCCACAACCCAAUCAUUAAAGAUGGCCGGAGAUCUUCGGUCGACGACUAUAUCAGAAUACCCGCUUCCCCAGCCGACGGAGAGAUCAGUAACAAAACAAUAGAGAUCUACAAGGGCAGGAGGAGCGUCACUGCCCGAAAAAGCACCGGAGGUGGUGGUAGCGGAGGUGGAGCCGCGGCGUUGUUGAAGCUCAUCACAAAUGACCUCAGCUUGGCUAGGAAGAGUUUCAGCUGUGUAGCGAGACCCUCAAGUGACUUUGUCAAAACCCCUGCUGGUUCCACAAGGUAUCUUUUGGGAUCCGACCCGGGUUCUCUGACCGGGUCUGCGGGUCAGGAUACGGUAGCUCAUAAAUCUCCUGCUGUUGAAGAGAUAAAGCAGUCAAUGGAGGAGAAGACUAGUGGUGGUGGUUCAGACCAGGUCGUUGUUCUCAAAGUGUCUCUCCACUGUAGAGGCUGUGAAGCAAAAGUUAGGAAACAUCUGUCCAGAAUGCAAGGUGUGACAUCAUUCAACAUAGAUUUUGCUGCAAAGAAAGUGACUGUGACUGGAGACAUCACUCCCUUGGGAAUAUUGGAUAGCAUCUCAAAGGUUAAAAAUGCUCAAUUCUGGACAGCUCCUACACUACCAACUCCAACACUCCCAAUGCCAAAUCUGGAAACUCCAAAUCCCUAGUUUACUUUUUACAGUCUUAUCUCUCCCAGUUGUUGUAAAGUCAAUAGUAAAAUUUCAAACUUUACUGCACCUACCUACUUAACGUUAGAACCGCUUGGCAGGUUUCAUUAUGAGACUACACCUCUUCUUUAUGCAGUCAUCUUAUGAUGCUUAAACAUAUCAUUACAUGUUUGCAUU